AUGGCACCUUCGCCGCUCCUUGUCAAGCGCAGCUGCAACUACUAUGAAGAUCCUAACUGCACGGAUGACUCCAGUUGGUGGUGGAGCAGUGUAUGUUUGCCCAAAGAGUUUCUGAGAUCAAAGACGNNAUGGACUGACAACAUCUGUUCACAGGAUGGCUACGGAGUUCGCUACGCAAUCAUCGCUCUAGUCUUCAUCGGCAUCGCUCUGCUGCUCUUCGGCUCCUACUUCCACGCACAACGCAGAAUACGCAAAGGUCUGCAGCCCCUUGCCUAUCACCGCUGGCUCGUCUCGCGUCGUCGCUACAGGGCUACACCAUACCCUCAAAACAACUACACCUACUACCAGCAAGACCCCGCCUACCCACCUCAGCAAGGUUAUCCGAUGCAGAACAUGGGCGGCGCAUACCACGGACCUGCCGAGUUCCAGCCGCCACCACCUGCGUACGGCAACUGGGAGGCACCGCCAGUUUACCAGCCUCCUCAGGGCGCGAGCAAGGUUGCUGCCAACCAGAACACGCAGCCUGCCAGGAAUGAUGUCGCUGGCGAGGGAAGCAGCGCUUCGUUGCCGCUCAACAACGCCCAGAACAACAACACCAACCAGCACACUCAGUAA